ACCGGCCGAAAUCCCCAAACCCUUCCGAUAAAGAUUUUGAAUUCGUCGGUUUCCCGCUCCGCUUCUUCUCCCCUCUCUCUCUCUCUCUCUCUCUGACUCUCCUCCAUUCGAUUCCAUACAAUGGAGAAGAGGUUGCGCUCCUCGACCACCUCAUCCUCCGCCGACGAAAUCCUCUCCUCCGCGGUUUCCCUCGCCGCCACCAAGACCGGCAAGUCCUCUCUCAGAUCCCUCAUCUUCUCCCUCCCCGCCUCCGCCGACCUCGUCACCUCCCUCCCCCCCGCCCUCCACCUAUCCAUUUCCCGGUCCCUCGAUGCCUUCAAGAACUCCCUCCGCGCUUGCAGCUCCGCCUCGGCCGCUGCCCUUGGUCGUUCCUCCCGUUCCCCUCCCACGAAGCGGUCCAGGCAGUCCUCGAGAGCCCAGACUCCGGAAGCCGCUGGUGCUGAAGGAUCUGACAAUCCCAUUUCUCCUGAAACCUUAGAUCACCUCAGGAACCUUAAAGCUUACGCCUUUGUCGCCCACCUCUGCGUCUCCCACCCUAAUAACCUGUUCGCUCCGUCCGUCCUCCUGCCGUCUGUUCGAUCUCUGCACGACGGUCUCGUGUUGUACGAGUGGGACCCGGCGCUCCUUUCCCAGGUUGCCAGCCUCUGCGAGGAAUGGUGGAAGGCGAAUCUGCCGGGGAGGGAAAACUUGGUCUCCCAGUCAUUGCCGUUCUUGCUCUCGAGUUCGUUAACCGAGGGCAAGAAGGCCGACGUCCGAAGGGUCUACGCGCUCAGGGAGGCGUUCUUGUUGUUUGAUUAUGUGGAUGAGAGCAUCGAGGACAUGAAGACGCUUCUUGUUCGCUGCGUCAUCACGCCAGUGUAUCUGAAGAUGGACGAAGGAAGGAAGUUCGUAGCUUUCAUGCUGGGGUUGAAUGGACAGCUUAUGAAGGAAUCUCUGGUGCUGAUGAAAUCUCAGAUCCCUUUUGGGAGGAAGUCAGUGCUUGAGGCAUAUGCAGAUAUCCUUUUCAGAUCUUGGAAGGGAUCUGAGGAAUCUUUAAGGGAAGAAAUCGAGGAUGGCUUCUUGCAAGGACUGAUAGAAGGAGCAAUUCAUGCCAGCUCCAAACUGCUUGCUGCCUCUGUAAGGAGAGUCUUAGGUGGGUUUAUCGAACAGAGGAUGACUGUUGGUGUUGAGAAGCUCCUCCUCCGACUCGUGGAACCAGUACUUUUCCGGUCGUUGCAGGUUGCCAACUCCAAUGUUCGCCAAAAUGCAUUGCAUCUACUGUUGGAUGUAUUCCCACUUGAAGAUCCAGAUGCGACAAAUGAAGUCAAAGACAGUUUGCUAAAUAAACAGUUCUUCUUAUUAGAGAAAUUGCUUUUAGAUGACUGUCCUGAAGUAAGGUCAGUUGCUGUUGAAGGUUCUUGUCGCAUUCUUCAUUUAUUUUGGGAAAUUAUUCCUUCUUCAACCAUAACAAAAUUUUUAGCUAAAAUUGUUGAUAGCAUGUCGAUUGACAUAUGCUAUGAAGUUAGGAUGUCAUCCAUUAAUGGCAUCAUUUAUUUGCUUCAAAAUCCACAAAGUCAUGAGGUAAUGAAAGUUCUCCUUCCAAGAUUGGGUUCCCUGUUUUCUGAUCCUGUGCUUUCAGUUCGAGUUUCUGUCGUUGAUCUUCUCCUAGCUGUUCGAGAUCUACGUACUAUCCAAUUUAAUAAGGUGGUUAGCUUGAAUGACUUGUUGUCCUCCUUGGCAAAUGAUCAUCCACGAGUUGCUAGCAAAAUUACAAAGCUGCUCAUUCCUUCUUACUUUCCAUCAAAAUUGGCUAUUAAAGAGGCAUGUAGCCGCUGUCUUGCCCUUAUUAGACGGUCUCCUGAUGCUGGGGCAAGGUUUUGUGAAUUUGCUCUCUCACAGGGGUCAUCUCCAAGGUCUCUCAUGGAACUUGCCAGGGUCUGUGUCACUUUGGCUCUUUCACCUAAGGGCCUAGGUGUGGAGCAGAUUGAUGGCUUGGUUGUUGCUUCAUCCAAUAUAUGCCAGUGCUUGUCGAGUGAGUUGUCUGUUAAACGAGCUCUUAGCGAGUUGCUGUCGGCUAAGAAAUUGAAACAUUUGCUUACUGCAGCAACUUCUGAGCGUGCCCAGACAGCUAUCUUGAGCAUCGCUUCUGUUGUACCUACAGAAAACUUAGGUGGCAUUUAUGAUAGCUGUAUGGUUAUCAUAAGAAACUCAACUGGGCUAUCUGAUAAUGUUGAAAGACAAGGAGUUGUAAAGGCAGCACAAAAGUUGAUUUUUUCAUGUGGUUGGUUUGAUGAGAUGUUCAAAGAAUUAGCAAAUAUCUUACAGGAUACUGCUUCUAUUUUUCGAGUCAGAUUUGGUUUAGGAUCAACACAGCAGAUCUUGCAAACUUCGAAAAAGAAAAAAGCUAGGUUACCCAUGAAAAUUUCAUCAACAGAUCAAGUGACUGGAAAAAGAUCACAAGAUCCUGGCACAUCUAGUGAUGAUAAGGAUUUUGCCAUUGCAGCAGCAGCAGCAUGGCAAGUAAAAAGUCUGCUUGCAUCAGAAACAACUAGAAAUGCUGUACUGAAAUCUUCUAUUUCAGAAAUGGCAUUUUCUGCACUAGGUGUUAUUUCUGAGGUGUGUAUUCAACAGUGUAUGGAGUUGAAACAGUUGGACAUGGAACCUCUCAUGGCCUACACAACAUUUGCCAUAUCCAUGUCUUCUCAGAAUGUUGGCUCAACUACAACUAAUGAUGUUGGCGGUGUCAAGGACAAUGAUUUUCAUCAAAAAAGGUCAUCUGUAGAGGAAACUCUAGAUCAUGCAUUGGAUCACAUAGUCAAUUGUGCUGAUAAAAUCUUCUCAGAACAUGCUUCUGGAAAACCUAAUCAAAAUUCUAAGUAUGGAGUUGAGACUUCACAGCGUCGGAAAUCCAAGCGUAAAGAGGCUCAGGAAGGCAUCCCAAAUUCAACUGAAGGUGAUCAAGUGGCUUCUUUUGAAGUCAAAAGGAUAGAGAAUAUGGUGAAGUUGCACAUGGCAAUUAUGAAAUUUGUUGUUGAUGCUGAAACAAUAAGACAUACCAACCAAAACCAUAGAAGGUACCUAAAGUUUGCAUCAGAUCACAUUCGACAUAUAGUCUCAGUUUUAAAAAGACAUCAACACCAAAAGUCAUCUAACCAGGAAGAGGUUUUGAAGGAUAAGCAGGAUGAAAGUUUUAAGGAUAUCAUCACAUACUUGAAAAGUUCAUUUUCAUAUGCAGCCAAGCUACUGCAUUUGGUCCUGAAGUGCUCUAAUGAGUCUUCAGCACCAUCGCCGGAAGCCUUCUAUCUUGCAAAUGAUCUUCUAGAUCUAAUUACCUCUGUUGAAAUGUAUGUUGGUAGUCGACAUGCUUCGAAUGUAGUCUCUGUUGCCAAGUCAUGGUUGCCUACUCUCAUAUUGGGGUUGGGCUGCAACCAAUUGAUGAUGUCAGAGAAAGAGAGCAAUUUGGAGUUAGCUGAUCUCGUUGAGGCUAAAUUUCCAGUGUGGCUUUCUGUUCUGGGCAAGAUUGAGUUACACAGAGAUGGUGAUCUCAGCCAAUAUGAUGACGAUCAAACCCCCAAACUGCCAACUUCUGCUUUUGAAAAUCUUAUAGAGAUGCUACUCAUCCUGCUAAAUAAGGGAAGCCCAAGAAUAUUGGACGCUGUCGGUGUUGUCAUAUUGGCAGGUCUGGAGGUUGCAUUAAAAAGGGCAGACUUCAGCUUGGUUUUCGGCCUGGUCCAUUUUACAUGCAUGAAAAUGUUAGGAAAUGAAUCUGCUCCCUUGGAAGAACUUGAACUAACGUCUUGUUCCUUGCAGAAGAUCUACCAGUGGAUAGAGCAGGAUCUCAGAGACCAUCACAUCAACAAAGAUGGAAGGCACCAGUUAGAAAGUGCUCACUCACUAAUUCAAUCUCUUUUGUGAUUCAACUGCUUGCAUUUCAUCGUUCCAAACUACAACUAGAGUAGAAAAACCAAGAUUCUUGUUCUACAAGGCAAAGCAAGAUAAAGAAAAGUCUUGCGACUCUUGGCACUCUUAAAUCACUUGUAUCUGAUAUAGUGUUUGUAUAGCUGCAAUGAGAUGAGGCAAGGAUGAGUUGUGUGUUUGACGCUUGCAACUUUAGUUUGAUUGUACAUGUAAAUAUGCUUGUUUCACUUGUUCAUGAUUAAUAUUCUUGCA